CUCAGACCAUACCUCACCCAACAGCUGCUGCAGGGCAUGAAGGCUUUCUAAAUCUCCGCGGCGACAGGAGCACCUACUGAACUUCUGUGUAGUCUGUAUAUUAUUAUACCGCAGAUAUUUCGGGAUCCAAGGGGCUGCUCGACCCACAAAUCGUUACAAGCUGAGAAGCUUUCUGGUGCCGGACAACACCAAACACCAAGCAUUGAGGACCGCCCCUCAAGCACUGUUCUAUUUGCAGGCAUCCUCUUAGCUAAAGCCAAGAGCGGCCGAAAGGUCCUAGUGUGGGAUUUGGCGAGAAGAGUCGAAAAUACCCGACCUGAUGGAUGCUGAUUGCUCUAUUUUCUGGCCUUCGACUCGUCCAGGCUUCAGGGAGAGUCGAGACGCUGAAUCACUUCAGUCAAAAGAUCCCCGACAGGGCAAAGGUGACUCCUGUGACCCGCCUCCCCGGACCCCAUCAUCUGAGCCUUACCUGGAACGAAAAGUCUAGCGUUUGAGGUGGCACCUCGAAGCGAACUCAAUGCCACACGCGGGCGACGGAUUUUUCUUUUUUCUCAGUUCAAGCCUUGACACUUGUCGCCAUCACCACUCUGGAUUGCCAUGUCUAGACAGCGAUAUCGGCGUUGGUGGACUGACCACGAAAAUGAUGUUGUCUCUUGCCGUGGAGAGGUUUGUUCUGCCGACGGAUUCCCGUCUAAAUCCUGAAGAAGAAUGUCCUGUUCUGUUGCUUCUCGGCCAAACACGACCCACCCAUGUUCAUAGUAGCUUCUCAAGGCUGGCCAUAUUAUAACAUCUUAUCUGAUGGGACGGACGCCCGCUGUCUUCUUGCUUUCUUCACAGUACUCAAGAGGUAUAUCCAAGGGCGAGCAAAGCAGGGUACUCACCAAGCCCGGAACAAGGGCCUUCUUUUAGUGACUUCACGUCUGCUACCGCGCUCACAAAUCACCAUGGUCAACGUCUUCGCUGUUCCAGUCUUCUUUAUCGUAUUCAGGGAGACCCUUGAGACGAGCAUUGUUGUCUCUGUCUUGCUCUCCUUCCUGAAACAACAACUCGGUCCAGACCGAGACAGAAAUGUUUACAAAAAACUUCGCAAUCAGAUUUGGUAUGGAACAUUUAUCGGGUUCUUUAUAUGCCUGAUCGUGGGUUGUGGUCUCAUUGGCGCCUUUUACGGCAUCGGCAAAGACAGCUGGGGCCCCGCCGAGUACAUCUGGGAAGGCGUCUUUGCUCUCGUCGCGGCUUUGAUCAUUGCUGCCAUGGGUGCUGCGCUUUUGCGUGUCUCCAAGAUGCAGGCCAAAUGGCGGCUCAAGCUCGCCAAAGCAUUGGAGGCCACGGACAACAAGAACGCCAGACUCGGCAACCGGUUCAAAUUGUGGGCGGAAAAGUAUGCCAUGUUUCUGCUGCCCUUCAUCACCAUUCUUCGUGAAGGCCUCGAAGCAAUUGUAUUCGUGGGCGGAGUGAGCCUGGGCCUGCCUGCCAGCUCGAUCCCGUUAGCCACGGUCUGUGGCCUCGCUGCUGGCUGCGCGGUUGGGUUCAUCAUCUACAAGGGCGGCAACAUGGCUCCUCUGCAGGUUUUCUUGAUCGUGAGCACGUGUUUCCUUUACCUGGUGGCUGCCGGUCUCUUCUCCCGGGGUGUGUGGUAUCUCGAAGCCGAUGCUUGGAACAAGGCCACAGGUGGCGAUGCUGCCGAGAACGGCUCCGGACCGGGCUCAUACGACAUUCGAAACAGUGUUUGGCAUGUGAACUGCUGCAAUCCCGAACUGAACGGUGGUGGUGGCUGGGGUAUCUUCAAUGCUCUGUUUGGUUGGCAAAACAGUGCCACAUAUGGCAGUGUUAUCAGCUACAACAUCUUUUGGCUUGCCGUCAUUGUCGGCUUCCUCUUGUUGAGGUUCAAAGAGUCAAGGGGUCAUUAUCCUUUCAUGAAGGCCAAAGCAACCGAUCCCAUCAUCGAAGACAGGAAACACAGUGACGAUGCCACCAGCAGUGCCAGUGUUCCUCCUGCAACCGAAAAGCACACUCACCGAGCAAAGGAGAUCUCUAGUGAUGCUUAGUCCUGUCGCUCACAGCUAUGAGCUCGACUCAAGCUCCAAAGAAACGAUGCCUUGGUGAUAUUGAAGGUUUGAGUGAGGUCGAGGUUCUCACCAGUUGCAUCAGACAAACUGACUGGGAUGCGUCCACAAGGAGAGAAAAGCCGGCUGUAUAGAGAACCCGGCCGAUGGAAACGCAGAAUGUGGCGAGGCAUGAACGAGUUAUGUCUAAUAGUUGAAUAGUCAGCAGCAGACUCUUACACUAUCCCAUCUAUACCCAACUGCCUUUCGCAGUAUCGUGCAC